GAUGUUUUAUUUCAACGUGAGUGCUAAUGUUCCUUUACACUAAUGUGAAGGUUUCGUACCUUAGUAGUAAAGCAUGUAAAUUGGAAAGUACAACCAAGUCAAAUUCCUAAACUCAAAUUAACAAGUUCUGAAAAGGGGUAUUGAACUGCUCACUUUCUCAUUAGGGCCCUAUUCAUGCUCAUCUACCACACUUAUCAAGCAAAUCCGCUACAACUAUUCCUCUGAGUCACCCAACUCUGUCUUUUUCCUUCCCUAAUCCCAUAUCUUCUUGACUUCAUAAUAUUUGUCAAUUCCUUUCCUUCUGAGUCUCAAACUCUGACCACUGUUGCAUUACAUCAUAUUUCCCAUGCUGUUUUUCUCAACCUUGUUGACCUUCAUUUAAGCACUUCCUCCCCUCUCAGAAUAACAACUCAACAUUAAUGCAAAACUUGUUGCUGUUCUAAGUUCUCAACUUCUCAUCUACACUUGCUCAUCUUUCAUUUGUGACCAUUUCGAUGCUUUUCAGCAAUACACAUGCAGCAUGUACCAACUCAUCACUCAUCUUCAACUCAUGUCUCUCCAUGCAGCUUUCCAUCUACUCUGCAUACACAUACACACCCUUCAAAGAAGAUCAUAAAACCAUACUUGUAGCCAAUUAAGAACACUCUUUGGUUCAACUUGAAGCCAAAGAAUCCUCACUUUCAUCCAAAUGGAAGCAAUGAUGAGAAUUUCAACACUUGUAGUUAUGCUCCUUGUGUGCUUUUCUUCUAUACAACUAGUCCUUGGCCAUGACCACUUAGACAAAGAAACAACUUUGAAAGUGCUUUUACAAGUGAAGAAGUCCUUUGUGCAAGACCCACAAAAUGUUUUGAGUGAUUGGUCAGAGGACAACACAAAUUACUGUAGCUGGAGAGGAGUGUCAUGUGGAUUGAACUCAAACACAAACUCAAACUCUUUGGAUGGUGACUCGGUUCAAGUGGUGGGACUCAACCUUUCUGACUCGUCACUCACCGGGUCAAUAUCACCUUCACUCGGUCAUUUGCAAAACCUGCUCCACCUUGAUCUCUCCUCCAACAACCUCCUUGGUCCCAUUCCACCAAACCUCUCCAACCUCACUUCCUUGGAAUCACUGCUUCUCUUCUCUAACCAGCUCACCGGUCACAUUCCGGCCGAGCUUGGCUCGCUGGCGAGUCUCCGAGUCAUGCGACUCGGUGACAACUCGUUAACCGGUAUGAUUCCCGCGUCCAUUGGGCACCUAUCUAACCUGGUCAGCCUUGCUUUAGCUUCAUGUGGACUCACCGGGUCGAUUCCACCUCAACUCGGUCAACUCAGUCUCUUGGAGAAUCUGGUUCUGCAGGAAAACGAGCUAACGGGUCCGAUUCCAGCCGAGUUGGGAAACUGCUCAAGUCUCACCGUCUUCACCGCUGCCAACAACAAAUUCAAUGGCUCAGUUCCGAGUGAACUGGGUCAACUCAAGAAUCUACAGCUUCUCAACCUUGUCAAUAACAGCCUAACAGGGGAGAUUCCGAGUCAACUCGGUGACAUGACUGAACUCGUUUACCUGAAUUUCAUGGGUAACCAGCUUGAGGGUGCUAUUCCACCGUCACUAUCUCAACUGGGUAAUCUUCAAAAUCUGGACUUGUCCAUGAACAAGCUCAGUGAAGAAAUUCCAGAUGAGUUAGGCAACAUGGGUCAGCUAGCUUUCAUGGUUCUGUCUGGAAACUACCUCAAUGGUACCAUACCAAGAACCAUAUGUUCCAAUGCAACAAGCUUGGAACACUUGAUGCUAUCACAAAAUGGACUAAAUGGUGAGAUUCCAGCUGAGUUGAGUCUAUGCCAAUCACUGAAGCAACUUGACUUGUCCAACAAUUCACUCAAUGGGUCCAUUCCUCUUGAACUUUAUGGGCUACUGGGGUUAACUGAUCUCUUGCUCAACAACAACACCUUGGUUGGUUCCAUCUCUCCCUUCAUAGGGAACCUCAGCAGCUUGCAGACACUUGCAUUGUUUCACAACAAUUUGCAGGGUUCUCUGCCCAAAGAGAUUGGAAUGCUUGACCAGUUGGAACUUUUGUAUCUUUAUGAUAAUCAAUUAUCAGGGGCUAUACCUAUGGAGAUUGGUAAUUGCUCAAGCUUGCAAAUGAUUGAUUUUUCUGGAAACAGUUUCAGCGGCGAAAUUCCGGUCACUAUUGGAAGGCUGAAGGAGUUGAAUUUGCUUGACUUUAGGCAGAAUGAGCUUGAGGGUGAGAUUCCUGCCACUUUGGGUAACUGUUAUAAUCUUAGCAUUCUGGAUUUGGCUGACAAUCAACUCUCUGGUGCAAUUCCUGCAACAUUUGGACUUCUCAAGUCAUUGCAGCAGCUCAUGCUCUACAAUAAUUCUCUUGAAGGUAACCUUCCUCACCAACUGAUAAAUGUAGCAAACUUGACCAGAGUGAAUCUUUCAAAGAACAGAUUGAAUGGCAGUAUAGCUGCAUUGUGUAGCUCCGGAUCGUUUCUUUCUUUUGAUGUUACCGACAAUGAGUUCGACGGUGAAAUUCCGCCUCAUCUGGGAAACUCUCCCUCCCUUCAGAGACUAAGAUUAGGUAACAACAAGUUUUCUGGUGAAAUUCCAAGGACAUUGGGGAAAAUCCAUGACCUGUCACUGUUAGACCUCUCAGGAAACUCACUCACUGGAACAAUACCAGCUGAGCUUUCUUUGCGCAAUAAACUGGCUUACAUUGAUCUAAGCAGUAAUCUUCUUUUUGGAGGAUUACCAUCAUGGCUUGGAAGUUUGCCAGAGUUGGGAAAGCUCAAGCUCUCUUCCAACAAUUUUUCUGGACCUCUUCCAUUAGGCCUAUUCAAAUGUUCCAAAUUGCUAGUUCUAUCUCUAAAUGACAACUCUCUCAAUGGAAGUCUCCCAUCUGAUAUUGGCGAUCUUGCAUCCCUUAAUGUCCUCAGACUUGAUCAUAAUAAGUUCUCUGGAUCAAUCCCUCCAGAGAUAGGUAGGUUGAGUACACUUUAUGAGCUGCACCUCUCCAGUAAUAGCUUUAAUGGUGAGAUGCCAGCUGAGAUUGGAAAACUUCAAAAUCUCCAAAUUAUUUUAGACCUCAGUUACAACAAUCUCUCUGGUCGAAUUCCGCCUUCACUUGGGACUUUGUCAAAGUUAGAAGCACUUGAUCUUUCCCACAAUCAACUCAAUGGAGAAAUCCCUCCACAAGUUGGUGAAUUGAGCAGCUUGGGGAAGAUUGACCUCUCUUACAACAACCUUCAAGGAAAAUUGGACAAGAAGUUCUCGCGCUGGCCAGAUGAGGCGUUUGAAGGGAACUUACAUCUUUGUGGAAGCCCUCUUGACCGCUGCAAUGAUACUCCCAGCAAUGAGAAUUCAGGCCUGAGUGAGUCAUCAGUAGUGAUAAUUUCUACUAUUUCAACAUUAGCUGCAAUUGCACUAUUGGUACUUUCAGUGAGAAUCUUCUGCAGAAACAAGCAAGAAUUUUUUAGGAAAAACAGUGAAGUGACUUAUGUUUACUCUUCCUCUUCAUCACAAGCACAGAGGCGGCCACUUUUCCAACUACAAGCUUCUGGAAAGAGAGAUUUCAGGUGGGAAGACAUCAUGGAUGCCACAAACAACCUAAGUGAUGACUUCAUGAUUGGUUCGGGAGGUUCAGGGAAAAUCUACAAAGCUGAAUUGGUUACUGGAGAGACAGUUGCUGUCAAGAAGAUUUCAUCAAAAGAUGAUUUUUUGUAUGAUAAAAGCUUCAUGAGAGAAGUUAAGACACUAGGGAGAAUCAGGCAUAGGCAUCUGGUGAAGCUGAUAGGAUACUGCAGCAGUAAAGGAAAAGGAGCAGGUUGGAAUUUGCUGAUAUAUGAGUACAUGGAGAAUGGGAGUGUAUGGGAUUGGCUUCAUGGUAAACCAGCCAAGGAGAGUAAAGUAAAGAAGAGCCUUGAUUGGGAGACAAGGUUGAAAAUUGCUGUGGGACUGGCUCAAGGAGUGGAGUACCUCCAUCAUGAUUGUGUGCCAAAGAUCAUUCACAGGGACAUCAAAACCAGCAAUGUAUUGCUAGAUUCUAAAAUGGAGGCACACUUGGGAGAUUUUGGACUGGCAAAAGCUCUCAUUGAGAAUUAUGAUGACUCCAAUACUGAGUCAAAUGCUUGGUUUGCUGGGUCUUACGGCUACAUGGCUCCAGAGCAUGCAUUCUCCCUGCAGGCAACAGAAAAAAGUGAUGUUUACAGCAUGGGAGUCGUUCUUAUGGAACUUGUUAGCGGUAGAAUGCCAACAAGUUUUGGACCAGAGAUGGACAUGGUGAGAUGGGUGGAGAUGCAUAUUAAAGACCAGGAGAAAACAUGUCCUGAGGAAUUGAUAGAUUCAGAGCUGAAACCUCUUUUACCUGGAGAAAACCUUGCUGCAUUCCAAGUACUUGAGAUAGCCCUACAAUGCACUAAAAUUACACCCCAGGAGAGGCCAUCUUCAAGGAAAGUAUGUGAUCUUCUUCUCCAUAUAUUCAACAACAGAAUGGCCAAGUUUGAGAAGAAAAAUUUGGAUCGUUACAAGUGAAGUUAUAACCAAAGGACUGAAAGACUUGGGGUCCAUGAUACUUCUUACUUCAUUUAUUGUUUUUCUUUUUCACAUUAUGUAGAUUUUGUGUAGAUAAACACUGGUACAGUACCUUCAAGAAUCAUUGUGAAUUUUUUUUUAAA